AUGAAGCAAAGCCAGGGAACAAAUAACGGAGCACAUGAGGGGAAGACAAACUCGGAAGAGAACGAGAGAUUAGUGGCCCACGGGAUUAGUUCCCCUGAGAGUAAUGUGGACUUGGCCAGUAUGACCGUGGAGUACAGUGUGUACAGCUCGUGCCUGCUGCUGUUGACGAGCCUUCAGCUGCACUUCAUGUGCAAAGAGAAUAGUCCUCUCAAAGAAAAAAAAAAAAAAGCAGGAUAUUCAAAAGAGGUAUACCCAGAAAACGAAAAAGAUAAUUAUGAUGAUGAUCAGCACCAGAAACUCGAUGAAAGGGACACUAUGAAUUGGCACUUCAUACGUGACUACGAAAUGUACCACACAGAGCAGAAAAGGCCCCAACUGAACGACCAAGCAGCUUGUCCCAUACCACUUUAUAAAAAAAGGUGA